CUGCUCUACUACAUACAGCUUGGCUGUGUCCCGCCACCCAGUGCACUCAGCAACAGAGCUCAUGCAUCGCACGUAUCACGGCGUUUCUGCUCUUUCUAGUGUCUCGAAUAUCUGUGCUCGGAAGGACCGCGCCACCCAUUGACAACCCACCUGUCCACUGCUCUGCAUUUCUCCGAGUCUUCUGUGUCUCAGAUGGCGCCUCAGGAUCUAAUCGAAGACUAUCGAUAAGCAUUCGUCACACGAUCUGUCACGGUAACGCAUCAUGAACCAUCACGUGACCACAUCAUUGUUGUGUCCCGUGACCCCAUUUAGAUCGCGCUGCUAUGCUUGGGCCUAGCUCAUACGCGUUCUUCUACUGCUGUGAAUCGUCCGAAGCGACACACUCAUGGAUAAUUCUCCUACACACCCACACACACUGCCUCUCGAUGAGCUCGCCGGAUUCGAUGCGGGAGGGGCGGCUGAUUUGGAGGUUCCGUUGGAGUACCUGCCCGUGGUGGAGGAGCAUUUCACGUUCCUUGAACGACGCGCCGCGGCAUGGGACUACCUUUUCGCGUUGACGGAGGCGGAGUUCCCGCCCGACCCGGCGGCGAGCGGCGCAGUGGACCCCUCGCAGGCCGGGCCCUCGGUCCCAUCCAAGCACGGGCAACCGGCGAGCGACACCAACACCAGCACCAACACCCUCUUUUAUGGCGGCUGGCAGGAGGCCGGGAGCGGGAGCCCUGCAGACGCUAACCCACUCGCUUAUUGGGAGCAGCUGUCGGAGCUGGACCUGAACAUGAUGUUCGCUGUUGAUGGUGAGCAGCCUCUUGCGCAAAACCGAAACGGAGACGGAGGCUUCGAGGGCGGCGAGUCUGCGGCGGGGAAGGAUGUCCGUGGGGCGCAGCCUGGGGAGGCGGACGUCGGGCAGGAAAACGUGGCGCCUCGGUCGUUGUUUGAGGACUUGGCUGCUGAGAUGGGCGGGCUGCGGCACCGGCAGGGCGAUGUCGUCCACUAUCGCGAGGAGGCGAAUCCGAAUCCAAACUUCGAGGAGAACCAAGUCUUCGACCAAGCUGCACCUACCGACGAUGGCUCUACCUUGCAGGAGAACUUGUGGGAUAGUGGUACUGGAGUUUGGGCCCACCCCGAGGCCGCGGGUGGCGCCGGUCCUCAGCUGGGCAAUGAAGUCGUCCACGGGUCGUCCCCCGCAUUCCAAGAUAAUCGACAAGAAGUGUACGAGACGGCUCUGUCGCCAACUGAUGUUGGCGAGCCGGCAAGCGAGGGCGGGGGAUUUGGUGGGAUGUGGGAACAACAGCAGCCGGGCAAUGCUUUGCGCCCCGCUCCUUUUGUUUUUGACAAUAACGGGGAUGUGCGUCAGAAAUAUUCAGUCGUCGCAUUUGAUGAACAAGCCAUCACGGAAGCGCGUCCCAUAUACGCUGUUGAAAACGGCCAUGGGCAGCAGAAUUUCGCUGGCCCGAGCCGCCUCCAAGAAGUCCCAUCGACUGAUUCCCAUGGGCAAGUUCAUCGACCAUCCGGAUCGGAGCUGCGCCUCAACGUAUCGGGAGCGCUCCCUGAUCCUGCGGUCGCCGGACUGAAACGCAAAUACGAAGACGGGCCGCAGUUCUCGGCAUUCCAUGCAGCGUCUGGAGCUGCAGUGGUCCCGGCACCCUCCAAACGGGCAAAAUCGGAUGAUGUCCCCGAAAAGCUGUGGACUUUCUCGCCGGACUACUUGCAGAUGGUGUACAACCAACACCUCCUGAACAUACUGGGUCCGCGGGACCAAUUCCAGGGCGCCUUCGAUCUCCACUCCCGGCGGACACAGCUUGCGCAGCUGUUCCCCGAAGACUCCAUCCCGCAUCUGGCGAUCCUGGCCGCCAACACCCGGGAGGUGGCGAACCAAUUCGCGACGUGGCGGCUCGCGAUGUGGGAAAAGGGCAAGGCGCCCUCGGACCCGUCGCUCUCGUGCGAGGCCGUGACCGACAUCACUUUCAACAAGACGCAGAUCAGAAAGCAGCUCGCGAAGCGGCACGGCUGGUCGCCGGCGCGCCUGCGGGACGGCGGGGCGAGGGUGUUCGGGUGCCCGUGGCGCGCGCUGGACCGCGCCGGCGCGAUCGGCGUGUGCAAGUAUGGCGUGCAGGGCGAGGCGGGCGUGCACGAGGUUGUGAAGCAUAUCAUGGAGGACCACCUGCUCUCGGAGCACUACGAGUGCCGGUCGUGUCAUGGGUGCCUCCCGUCUCUGGAAGAUCUGGCGGCCCAUCUGAUCGCGGAGGGUUCCUGUGCGAGCCAGCCCCGGGGCGCGUAGGAGGUCUCUGCUGCCAGGGAGCCUUGGAUCCGACCGCUUCGAGUUGGCGAGUGGAUCGAUGUUAAGCUUUAUGAUACUUAUGGCCCCAUCUCAUAUUAUGUCUUUUCCAUCGCAUCUUAUAUGCAUCUUAUAUCAUCAGAGCAUUGUAGUAAGUAACCAUCCAUUUAUGCUAUGUAAUCCAGACACCAUCUGUGUACCCAGAAAAACUGAACUGAAAUUCCUCGAUGCGCUAGCUCCCAUUUGCGUAAUUACUUUGCCAUCAGCGAGUUCGACUUGUGUUUAUUCUGUUGAUACAAGUAGCAUAUGUGCUCGAACACAUUCAAGGUUCUC